UGUCGACAAUUUUUUUUGUUUACUUAAUAGCGCUAUGUCUAAUAAUAACAAUAUUAACAUUAACGAAAUACAAAGUGAAGAAAAUAUAAAAGAAUGUAUUAAUUGGAUUGAAGAAGCUCUUACUAAGGAAUAUUUUAAAUACUACGAAUUCGAAAAUUUUAAACAUAUUCAAGAAAUUGGUUCCGGAACAUUUGGAAAAGUUUACCGUGCAAAUUGGAAAAAUUUUGAACAUUAUUUAGCGUUAAAAUCUUUUUUUAAGCCCAGUAAUAUCACCAUAAAAGAAAUUGUUAAUGAGCUUAAACUUCAACGAGAUGUAAAUUUUCAUGCCAAUAUUAUUCGAUAUUACGGAAUUACAAAACUUGAAUCAGAAAAUAAAAUUGAUCAAACAAAAAAUUAUUUGUUGGUUAUGGAAUGCGCAGAUGGUGGUACUCUUCGAGAUUAUUUGAAAAAUAACUUUAAUAGACUUACCUGGAAACAUAAAUAUAACUUGGCUUACCAAUUAGCUUGUUCUGUAUCAUUUCUGCAUGAUGAAGGGAUUGUUCACCGAGACUUGCAUUCCUGUAAUGUGUUGGUUCAUCAGAAUUCCAUCAAGUUGGCGGACUUUGGGCUAUCAAAAAGGAUUGACGAGGCAUCUAAUUCAAAAUCAAAAUUACUUGGUAUGGUGCCCUAUAUUGAUCCAAAAAUAUUAUUGUUCAACAAUUUAAAAUUAAAUGAGAAGAGCGAUGUAUAUAGUAUUGGCGUAUUGUUAUGGGAAAUAUCAAGUGGGAACCCACCAUUUCAUGAAGAAUCAAAUAAGUCUAGUUUAAUGUAUGAAAUUUUGUAUGGUCGAAGAGAAAAGAUUAUUCCUAAUACUCUUAAUGAUUAUUCUAAUCUCUAUACUGAAUGUUGGAAAGGUAAACCAAACAAUCGACCAUUCAUGCAUGAAGUUGUUGAUAGGUUAGAAAAUUUUAUUUCAAAUUUAAAUAGUGAUAUUUCAUCCGAGAAUUCAAGCAUAAUAGUUAAUGAAAUAAUUGAUCUCAUUUUUAAGGAAGUUAAUAAAAGAAAUGUGUCAAAACCACAUGUUCUUGAUUAUAUUACUAAUCAUAGUAUAAAUUCAAAAGAAAUUUAUAAUAGGUUAUUAAAUAAUCAAAAUACUCCGAAUUUCAUUUUUUUACUUGGAUAUUUUAAUUAUGUAGGAAUUGAAACAAUUAAGAAUCAUGAAAAAGCAUUUAAUUUAUUUAUAAAUGCAUCUGAAGAGGGUCAUAUGUUAGCAAAAUAUUUGGUUGGACAUUGUUAUGAAUUUGGAGAUGGAAUUAUAAGAAAUGAUAAGCUUGCUUUUGAAAAUUAUGAAAAAUUGGCUAAUAAAGAUUAUGCAAUAGGACAAUUUAAAUUAGGUUGGUUUUACAAAAAUGGAUUAAGUGUUAAAAAAGAUUCAAAAUUAGCUGUAUAUUGGUAUGAAAAAGCUGCAAAUAAUGGAAAUUUGAUAGCUAUGUCUAAUCUUGGCCAUUCAUAUAAAGAUGGAAAUGGUGUUAAUAAAGAUAACCAAAAAGCUUUUGAAUUAUUUAAAAAAUCAGCUGAAGGAGAAUUUUCAGGUGGAAUAAUGAUGUUAGGAUAUUGUUAUGAACUUGGUAUUGGAAUUGAUAUUGAUAAGCAAAAAGCAGCUGAAUUAUACCAAAAAGCUGCAAAUUUAGGACAUAAGGCAGCACAAUAUAAUCUAGCAUUGAUGUAUGAAAAAGGAAACAGUAUUGAAAAAGAUUUGAAUAAAGCAAUUUAUUGGUAUGAAAAAUCUGCUAAUCAAGGAGAUAAAGAUGCUCAAAAUAAAUUAAACAUACUCAAAAUUUAGAAACAAUUUAUGUAGAUUAUUUAAAAAAUAUGUUCGUUUUAUUUACAUAGAAAAGUAACAUU